UAUUGAGUUCGGUUAAUAGUGAUAAUAAAGGACAAAGGAGCGUAGUGUUUUGAGUGCGUGCUAACACCACAAAAACACCACAGUGCGUGCUAUUGAAAGUGUUUAGUCUGUGGGGAGUCUGUAGUGGGCGGGGUCGGCUGAUAGCCUAUUUCAGAAGUUGCAUCUUGAUAAAGUCACUUACGGUAUCAAGCACGCACCGUCAGCGGCUCCACUUCUGCAAGAGUUUACCGUUCACGUCACCACAAUGGCACCAGAGAAAACGACUCACCCCAGGAUCAAGGACAGGCGAUUGCCGGACAGUGUGUUUGUGCGACUCCUCAACCUGCCGGUGGUCAGCUCAACCUGUGAGAUGAUGGAGAGGACCUACACCAACACCAAGCGCACCCACCCGCUCCUCUGCUCUGUGUUCGAGGUGUACGAGAAGGGGGCCAGGACUGCCGGCAGCCUGGUAGUGUGGAGCGUGAAGCCGGCUGUGCAUCGCCUGGAGCCUCAGAUUGAAGCUGUCAACAGCCUGGCCUGUAGUGGACUGGAUCGACUUGAGGAGAAGAUCCCCGCUCUGCAGUACUCCCCUGAGAAGCUGGCCUCUGGCAUCGCAGAGGUGGUCACCUCCGCCGUUCAGUCGGCCAGGCAGGGCGUCUCCAGCACCUCGGGCGUGGCUCUCAGCCUGGCGACCGGGGGCUACCAGCGGAGCAGGAGCCGGGUGAGCGAUGGCGUGAGCUACGUGAUGAGCAGCGGACCCGUCCGUCUGGCCACCGAGGGGGCGGACGUCGCCCUCUCCCUGACCGAGCACCUGGUCAACUACGUGCUCCCUGCGUCUGACGAGGAGAUCGAGGCGGAUGCUCCAUGGGAGGACACUGCCGGGGAGUCUCCUGCCUCUCAGCCAGGAUACAGGAGGCUGGGUGCUCUGGUCAGCGCGGUGUGCCAUCGGGCCUACAGUCAGACUGCCGCGCAACUACACCAUGCCGGGAGCCAGGGCCGAGAGCUGGUCAUGAGCGUCCCGGGCGUGGCUCCACUGACGGGCGUCGCCACCAGGAACCUGGAGAUGGCGGGGGGCGUGGUGCUGGGGCUGCGGAGCACCGUGGGGGGGCUUCUGGUGGGCAGGGACCAGCAGACCAACAAGGAGGCGAGGAAGAAGAAGGAGGGGGAGCUGCUGAAGAGUGGGCGGUUGCAGGGUCUGCUCGGUGGCCUGGGACGGCAGCUGCAGAGUGCCUAUGUGUCGGUGGUGUCCGCUGUGAAGAACGCCCCCACCACCACCCUUGGCCUGGCCCGGGGGGGCACCGGUGCCCUCUUAGAGACCCUGAGCAGUGCCAGGCAACACGUGCUGGAGACCACCACUCGUUACGGCCUGCUUCCUGGACUGUCCCCUGAGGGCGGAGUCAAUGGUGCCUGCACCACCAUCAAAGAAGAGGAGGAGGAAGAGGAGGAGAAUAAAGCGCCACGCCCAUCUGAGACCAGUCAGAGGGGUCAGAAGCCGGAGCCCCUGGCUAACCCGCGGUUUUUCUCUGAGCCCAGCCACGGCCGGGAGUCUGCAGCAUAAGGUUCUGGAACAGAUCCCGAUCUGGCUGAGGGUCCUGCUGGAGGGCCCCAAUCAGGCUUUAGAGGUCAUCACGCUGUCAUCGUGAGGUCCUGCACUACAUACACCAGAACCUUCAUAUUCCUGCUCCUCCUCAAACUCACCCCCACCUCUGCCCUAACAUUCUAGCUCAUGACAGCUUGCCACUUGGUGUUAUUCAUGUAUCAACUGUGUGUUAUGAAAUGGGAGGGAAAAAUACUGCAUCUAUAUUUGAGCCUCGCACUUAAUCUUCUGAAGGGAACCAUUUGUCAUUCAAAUUGUCAAAUGGUUUUUGUGAAAUUUUAUUUGGUGUCAAUGCAGUGAGCUGAGAACAAUGCACGACUGUUGAAAAACAUGACGCCAAGUUUUAUGUUGGAAGCGAGCUUUGUGUACACAGUGCCAGUGAACCUUCCCCGAAGGCCAGCUUCUGGGGCCGAUGACUGAUCUGUGUAUACAUCCCUUGCUGCCACCACUACUCUGUGUUCUAGCUUUGUUUGGAUCCGUGAGCGUCUCAGGGACUCCGAUCUUAACUGCUGAGGAAGGGACAGGCAAAAGGUGAUGGAGAGAGCAGGAAAGGAAAGCAGAAAACUGAUUUAGAAGUCUUCUUUAUGACUGUGACUUUAGACUGUCCCUUUGUGUUCCGUCCAAAGUGUCUUCAGUCCCAACCUGUGAGGGUUUGCACGUAUUUGAAGGUUCCAAGGGGAAGGUUCACGAUAUGGCCAAUCUGCUACAAUGGGAUUGUGGUGAUAUCAGUUCAGAGAAAAAAGUUAACUGCAUAGAGAAAGCAUUUUUAGUGGUGGAUGGGUUCACUGUAGACACAGAUAGUAAACUAUAGUAACUACUCAUUUUGCGGUACGCUUUUCAAGGUAGGAAAAUGCUGUUAUGGUUUGUGUAGGAACAGUCUUACCAAAUUCGCUUUGCAACUAUGGCUGACAGUGGUUCUAACCCAUGAUGUCGUUGGUAUAGUAAGGUUUUAUUGAAGCAUUUGAAAUCAUGUUUACCCCGCUUGUGUCCGGGUAAUUAACAUGAUUCAAAUUGAAACUGAGUUUAAUUUGUUGUACUAAUUGAUCCAAUCCAAACAAACGCACUCACGCUCUUGACUGUAAUCCUCCGCCUGUGCUUGCUUCUCUGGUUACCCUAGAAAAGGACUGAGCCAGAAUUCCUCAUGGAAAAUAUCUGUUGCUCAAUUGUCUUCAUGGGAUACCCCCAGUCCUCUUUCAGGAAAGGCUUUUUUAUUUUGCAUUUUAAACACAGCAUGUACACACCACCCCCCAACGAGAAAUGUUCUUCUUUUCUCCUCCGCCUCUUUAUUCUUUCGCCCUGUUGAUAUCAUCAAAGGGAAUCCACCAAAGACCACAAGAACAUUCCGUCUGAAUCGGGAAGUGUUCCAGCGCUGGAUCUGAGAAAUCUUCCUUGGGGGAGUUGGAUGUGUACAGCCGUGAUGAUAUCAAGACAUCGAUAUGUUCUUCUUUAAUUCGCAUUGCGUAUUGAUUUUUAUUUUCCAAUCCCUGAGCUGCCUUUUAAAACUCAAACUGAAUUUGGCACGUGGUAAGAUAUAUUCGGCAAACAGUUCCGACUAAUGCUAUAUUUAGAAAAGAAUUAUUAGAAUUGCAUGUUGAAUCUAUGAAUAAUUAAGGUAGUCGGACAUUCUUUUGUAUUGGUUGGAUUCUUUCUGCAAACAUUGAAGCGUGUGGUUUGCAUAUUUUCUGUAUUUUCUUUCCAUAUUACAGUUUCUGUGGUAUUGUAAUUACAAUAAAAUAAUAUAAUUGUGUUUA